AUGGAUAUUCAUGUUCUUCAAAGCCAGCCCGCCCAGAAGGUCGCGUUUAAAGACUCUUCCACGGUUCGUGUGGUUUUGGUCCGCGGCGGGUUCCAGCCGCGCCUUCCGACUUCGCUGCCGCCCCCAGGGCAGCAGCAGCAGCAGUCGCCGCUACCACGCCGACAGCCCGUCCCGUUGAUGCCUCCCGCGCAGCUUCAUCCGGGAGCGCCCCAGGUGGUCGCUCCGGCGCCUGCGGUCCCUCUUCAGUCGCCACCGCCUUCGGAGCUGAUGGACAUCGACCCCUCAGCCGGGCCGCCUUCCCAAGCAGUGGCUGUGCAGCCUGUCCUGCAGCCGCUUUCCUUGGGCACCCCCAAGGAGCCUGACACCGCAGCGCCUUGUCCGGCACCUACUCGGCAGCCGUCGACGCAGCGUCAGGAGACGCUGCCUCUCUUCGUGGGUCCCGACGCCCCGUCGCGUCCAGUACCAGAAGCUGCGCCCGUGGUCACAGGCGUGCACCCUGACCUCGGUUUUCAGUCGGUGUUUCCCGAGGCCCCGCGCAGCCAAUGCUGGGCUGUGUUUAUGGUGGCCUGUUGA